AUGGUCAUACCGCGCAUCAAAGCGGUAUGGCCAUCAGGCAAGCGGGUCGUGCUGCAACAGGAUAACGCCAAACCGCACGUCACGGUUGAUGACCCCGAAGUGCACUCUGCGUGCUCAGCUGGCGGCUGGGAUAUGAAGCUUACCGCGCAACCAGCCAAUUCACCGGAUUUCAAUGCGAAUGAUCUCGGUCAACAACGUGGACGACGCUUUCGCUAA